GCCCAGCGCAGCCGGCUCCGGGGCAGUCACCUCGAGGGGCGACGGGGCGGGCCGGUGCCGCCGCCGCAGCAGCCCGGCCGGCCGUCGCCGGGGCGCGCGUGGAGAGAGGCGCGGCUGUGUGCUUCAAGGAGGAUCGUGUCAAGAGUUUCUAUUGAAAGAAGCAUAUCCGGGAGAAAAGCAGACUCAAACCUUUCCUGAAGAGAAAUCAGAUGGAUGGCGGUGAGUACCCCCUGGCAGCAGUUACUUCAUUUCGUUCAUUCAGAGUGAACUCUAACUUGGAAGCCUCCUUUAGAAUGAAGAGGAACCAUUUAUCUCUUGUGAAUAAAGUUGUCCAGGCUUCACCACCAGUGAAGCAGCCAAAACUUGAGUCCUGCUCUUCUUUCGACCAGACUCAUGUGUACACUGUCCUUCUAGACUGGGGGAGUUUGCCUCACCACGUAGUAUUACGUGUGUUUCAGUAUCUUCCUUUAAUAGAUCGGGCCCGGGCAUCUUCUGUGUGCAGGAGAUGGAAUGAAGUUUUUCAUGUUCCUGACCUUUGGCGCAAGUUUGAGUUUGAACUGAACCAGUCAGCUACGGGGUCGCAUUUGAGCUCCCCUCAUCCCGAUCUCAUUCGGCAGAUCAUUAAAAAGCACGCCGCCCAUCUCCAGUAUGUCAGUUUCAAGGUUGAUGGUAGUACUGAAUCAGCAGAAGCUGCCUGUGAUAUACUUUCUCAGCUGGUGAAUUGUUCUCUCCAGACCUUGGGCUUGAUUUCAACGGCUAAGCCAAGCUUUAUGAAUGUGUCAAAGUCUCAUUUUGUGGCAGCACUUACAGUUGUUAUUGUCAACUCAACAUCAUCAUCAUCAAUCAAAAUUGAAGACACACCAGCGGAUGAUCCUUCUUUGAAGAUUCUUGUGGCCAAUAACAGUGAUACUCUAAGACGCCUAAAAAUGAGUAGCUGUCCUCAUGUUUCAUCGGAUGGCUCCCCGAAAAUCGGAGGCACCAGGGUUGUUAGGAUUGUAUAUGAAGCAGCACUGAGCAGAUUCCAAGUGGGGAACUGCAUAUUGCUUGUUCAGAAGAGCAACUGUUCCUUCCUCAGAAUCAUCACACUCCAGCUGAAUAUCCUAAGCGCCCCAGUUCACGGAUUGCAUACUGGGGGCCUCAAGAGCUGAAGUUCGAUGAAAAUAUUAGCAAUGGAGGACAAAGGCACAGCUUGAUGACUGAAAGGCACUCAAGAUCCCCCAAGGAGGAAGUAGCAGAUCUGGAAUUGAAAUCCGUGAGGAAGUUAAGUAAGUUCUGCCGUGCUGUGUAAAAUCAUCCACAGGGGUUCUCUCUGAGGCAGCUGACAUUUCUCCAGAGCCGUGGUUCUCAACCAGGAAGAUUUUGGCAAUGUCAGGAGACAUUUUUGGUUGUCACAGCUACUGGUGUGGAUGGUGAAUAGAGGCCAGGGGGCUGCCAAAUAUCCUGCCAGACUCAGAACAGAUCCUUCAACAAAGAAUUGUCUGGCCCCAAAUGUCAGUCGUGCCAAGGUUAAGAAACUCCGAUCAAAGGUAUAUCGAAUAUUUUGUACCUGGAGUGAAGAAUGUAUUGACUUACAUGUGUCCAGAUGAUUCCUGACAGGUUUAAAAACAUCACAAUGGGCAUUGGCACAUUAAAUUUCUUGGACCAUAUUCAGUAAUUUACAAUAGAAAAUCACAGGCUCUCAGUAUUUUGAACCCAGCAAUUAAACUCGGUUGUGUUUAAGGAACUAAGAAGGGAGUUGAAGCAAAUGUAAGUAGCUAACUGAACUUUGGUUCUGAACGAGGCUGGCAAGUGUCCAUUCUGAAGUGUGGGAUGCCCAGGGCAGAGGACACGGUCUCUGUUCUUCGGGUAUAAUCAGUGUUUGUAGGAAUGCUCAAAGGGUUGCUAUAUGUUGGAGAUAUUUUGAUGACAAACACUUACCUGUUGAAGACAGCUUUCUUCCUCCACGUGUGUUUUUUUCUCUUUCGUAAAGAAAUACAUGCGGAAGUACAAAUACUUGUUGGACUACAAGCAAGGUGGAUGAUGGGCAAGGUAGAGGCAGCUAUCAGCUCUGUGAGUUGAUCUUGUGUUUCUUUCCCACCUCCCCACCCCCACCUGUGCCUCCUGCCUUGGCCAUUUUAUUUUUCUUAGCACUUGCACCAAAGGUAAGAGGCCCAGGAUGAGGAGAAAUUCAGAACUAGCUAUAAUUCAAGUUUGAGGACAGUGGCGGUAAAAGUAUUUUUCCUAUAUUGAGAUGAACUUUCAGCAUGUCAUUCUUGACUCUUGUUGGAAAAGCUUGAGCUAAAAGACUGUAAGAACUCACCCAAUUGCAAGGCUCAGUUGUUUCCUCUUGUCUUGUGUCUGCUUCUCUGUAACUCUGUCUUCUGCUUCUGACAAGAAGGUAGUAGGUGGUGAACUCAGACUGAAACGUCAAAGGGAAGAGACUGGCCAAAUGGCAGGCGUUUAUGAACAAAUGGAUUCUGAUGUGUUAACCUUGUGUGUUCAUCUUGGUCUCUUCGGGCUGCUCUGCAGGUCCCCAAAGACGGGGCGGCUCAAACAACAGAUGCUUAUUUCAUACAGUUCUGGAGUCCGGAAGUCCAAGAUCAUGGUGCCAGCGUGGUGGGUCCUGGCGAGGUCCUCAUCUGGUCCCGGGCUGCUGACUUCUCAUUCUGUCCUCACGUGACAGAAGAGGGCAGUGAGCCCUCAGCGUGUCUUUGAAAAGGGCACUGAUUCCAUGCACGAGGGCUCCACCCUCACGACCGCAGCGCUUCCUAAAGGUCCUACCCUUUAAUACUCUCACACUGGCAUGGGGAUUUCAGCUUAUGAACUUUGGGGAGACGCAAACAUUUAGACCGUAGCCGUGUUGAAUGAUUCAUAUUAAAUCAGAAAAGACUGGAAAGAAACUACAUGAGAGAGAUGGCAAAGGUAUCAAUCUGAAGCUGACCUCUUAGCACAGAGUCCGCUUCUCCCCCAGAUGAAAAAAUACAACAUUUGUGGGAGAAAAGUUUUAGAGACGUAAAAAAGAAAGUUGAAUGGAUUAUCUAGAAGAAGAAAAGGCCGAGGGAGCCCUGCCCACCCACCCUGCUGUGUACAUACUGUCUGGAGUGCAGUAUUGGGGGCCAUUGACUGUGUGCCGCUAACUACUCUCAACUUUUCCCGGCUAGUUCAAUUGGUUAAACUAUCAUUGCCAUGUAUGUACACCAAGUCUAAAUGAAUGUCGUCGGUGCAAGGGACAUAGUAUAAAAAAAAAAGUAGGCUCAGUACUGGGACAAAGAGAAAGCGUCCACUGAUAAACUUCAACACACAUCCUCAGUAAUUGUUCAUGGAAUUGAUUUGCACCAAAAUGUACCCACCCCAAUGUAGAGACAGCCCCUCUCCAGUCUGCCUUAACAGAGAUCCACCAGCUCCCAGAACUUAGCAUAUGUUAGAAUGGGAAGGACUAGGGAAUUCCAGAGUCUCAAGGCCAUCAGUUGCUUCUAACCAUGAACACUCCCUAGGGCAGCCCUUCCUAAAAGUCAGCCAUUGGCAGUAUUUGCCAGUUGAAAUAGGAACCCCUGUUUGUUCUGUCUGUUUCUUUCAGCCAGGGCAGUAGCUAUUGAGGCCAGUGUCACCACAGUGAUGCCUGUGUGGGUCAGUUACUUCUCUGUCCUAGGGCCCUGGGCAGAGCCUUUGACCCUGGCCUAAGCAUCUCACAGAUGGCAUGGGCUUACCCGCUGAGGGGCUGAACUAGAGGACAGAAGGAAUCAGAACAAUCUGUUCCCACGGAUGGACAUCUCUCUCUAUGUUCGCAUCUACUGGGAAGUGGAAUAGUGUAUAAGCCUCCGUCUGUUUCCAGGGACCUGUAGCUGGAGUCGGUAGCUGAAGCCUGGAGAGCUUUCAUUGUAAGAUGAUCUUGUUUAUGGGCAGACUCUGGAAUCUCACACGUGUAUCUGAGAUGUCUCCUUCAAAAGGACUCGGAGGUCCAUGAGCCGAUUGAGACCUUUGCUCUGGGGUAGUUAAUUGUCAGAGAUGUUUACACCUCUGGUAUGGGUAGGCAGACAUCCUUCCUUGCCAAAUCUCUCUGUUUUUCAUUUGCUUCUUUCUAAUGAUCUAUUAGCCA